CGGACCGUACCAUCCGGCGCCCCCGGACCGAACCAUCCGCCGCCCGCGUCCCCCGCUGGGUGCGCGGCCCGAGCUGGCGGCGGCGCGGGACGAUGCACUUCUCCGUCCCCGAGACCGAGAGCCGCGGCGGGGAGGGCGGCGCCGCCGCCUACGUGGCCUACAACGUCCACGUGAACGGCGUGCUGCACUGCCGGGUGCGCUACCGCCAGCUGCUGGGCCUGCAUGAACAGCUAAGGAAAGAGUAUGGGGCCAAUGUGGUGCCCGCCUUUCCUCCAAAGAAGAUCUUCACCCUCACCCCGGCGGAGGUGGAGCAGAGACGAGAGCAGCUGGAGAAAUACAUGCAGGCUGUGCGGCAGGACCCGGUGCUGGGAGGCAGCGAGACCUUCAACAGCUUCCUGCGCAAGGCGCAGCAGGAGACGCAGCAGAUCCCCACUGAGGAGGUACCGCUGGAGGUGCUGCUCUCCAACGGCCAGAAAGUCACGGUCACCAUCCUGACCUCAGACCAGACGGAAGACGUCCUGGAGGUAGGUGCGGCAGGGCAGAGGCGCUGGUGGGGGGCACAGGUGCGGGAAGGGCCUGGGGAGCGAGAGCAGGGCCUGUGCUGGGGCAGGGGGCGAGCUCUAGGUCGCUUCCCGGCGUGCCCUCACCCCCGGGCUGGGCUGUCUCUGGGGUCGCUCACCAACAUCCCCCCACCUCCCCCCCGGGCUGUCUCUGGGGUCUCUGCCGUCUGGGGUGCCCAGGGCCCCUGUGUGUGCCCUGGUGCCCAGCCCUGCAGCAGCCUGGCUGGAAGCAGGGUGUGGUGGGGGCUGCGGCCCUGGGCAGGGCUCGGGGCUGCGAGAAGCGGUGACUCUCUGCUUGCUCACCAGGCCGUCGCCUCCAAGCUGGAUCUGCCCGAGGACCUAGUUGGCUACUUCAGCCUCUUCCUGGCAAGGGAAGCCAAGGACGGAGCCUUUUCCUUCAUGAGGAAGCUGCAGGAGUUCGAGCUGCCGUACGUGUCUGUCACCAGCCUCCGCAACCCCGAGUACAAGAUCAUCCUGCGCAAGAGUUACUGGGAUUCUUCCUAUGACGACGACGUCAUGGAGCAGCGGGUGGGGCUGAACUUGCUGUAUGCGCAGGUGAGUGUCCGCGUGGGCCCAGCCCAGCCUGGCUGCUCUGUCAGAGCUGCCAGGGGCGCCGAGCCAGCCAGGCCCUCGGGCCCCUUGUCUGUGCUGCGGGGCCCGGCCCCGCACAGCCUGCCCCUCAUGGCCUCUGCUCCUUUGCAGACGGUGUCAGACAUAGAACGCGGCUGGAUCCUCGUCACCAAGGAGCAGCACCGGCAGCUCAAGUCCCUGCAGGAGAAGGUCUCCAAGAAGGAGUUCAUCCGCCUGGCGCAGACCCUGAAGUACUACGGCUAUCUCAAGUUCGAGCCCUGCGUCACCGACUUCCCCGAGAAGGGCUGCCAGGUCAUCGUCAGCGCCGGCAACAGCGAGCUGAACUUCCAGGUGCGGCUGCCCAGCGAGCAGAUCAAAGAGGGCAGCUUCAAGGUGACACGCAUGCGGUGCUGGCGGGUCACGUCCUCGGUUCCCACGAGCAGCGGGCUGCCGGGGAGCAGCCCGGGGAAAGCGGAGGUGAAGCUGGAGCUGGCCUUCGAGUACCUGAUGAGCAAGGACCGGCUGCAGUGGGUGACCAUCACCAGCCCCCAGGCCAUCAUGCUGAGCAUCUGCCUGCAGUCCAUGGUGGAUGAGCUGAUGGUGAAGAAGUCUGGCGGCAGCAUCCGCAAGAUGUUCCGCAGGCGAGCCAACGGGGCCCUGCGGCGCUCGGACAGCCAGCAAGCUGUGAAGUCCCCACCCCUGCUGGACUCGCCCGAUGCCAGCAGGGAGCCCAUGCUCAAACUCUCGAGCAAGCUCACCUCCGUCAGCCUGCGGGGCGUCAGCCACUCCGGCUCCACCAGCGACCUGGGCACCGACGACUUCCACGGCAACUACGCCUUCGAGGGGAUCGGCGACGAGGACCUGUAGCCCGCUCCGGCCACCCACGGCCACUGCGGCUCUGGGGAACGACCCAUGUGCCUCUGCCGGGUCACCAUCUGCCUGCCCUGCCCCGCUUCAGCCCCCUCCACCUGCCAUUGCCUUGGGGGGAACCACCUCCCAGCCGCUGCCACCACCUUCCUGAGGGCGGCCCCUGCCCAGACUCAGCCCACGGAGCCCAUUUCACGGGGGACUAACGCUCACCUGCACGUGGCGAGAGCAAGGGUUGCACACAGCCCCCAUCAGGAUGUGGCCCGGUCCAGCGCCACGAGGCAGCUGCCCCACCCCUGCAGGAGGGCUCAGCGGCCUGGGGCCAGGACUGGCCUGUAGCCUGCACUUUGAGCCAGUCUGAGGGUUGGCUGCCAUGGGGGGGCAGGGGGAGGUGGAGGCAGAGGCCUGGGGCUGUUCCCAUGGCGACAGACACCUCCCGGCCUUCAUAAAUGCCAAAUUAGCAGCUAGGUCUUUGCACAAAGACGAACGGACGAAGUUUAGCUGUGGCUGGUGCUGUGCCUGCCGCUUCUAACCCGCUCACAGACGCCAGCACAAUCGCCAGGCUUGUAACCUGCCGCGCUCUGCUGUUCGCAGGGGAUUGGAGCAUUAAUGGACAUUAACCAAUAUUUACACGCUGCAGCGAUUAAAGCGGAUCAUGAUUGGUA